AGAUUAUUCCAGACCUGCUUCAGGAUCCUCACGAAUUAGCACCUUCACAGGGUAGACCAGGGAGGUCAUCCGAACUCAGCCAGCACCUAGAUUUGAUUGCGUUUCAUAUUUCAGUCAUUUUAUUUCCUUAAAUGGGACUUCGUAUUGCUCCGUGAUUUUUCAGAAUUACCAGUAAACAGCACCAGAAUGAGUUUGCAAAUUAAACAUGCUAUCUUUGUUUUUUGGGUUUUUCUCCAAGUUCAAGGAAUCAAAGAUACCUCUAUUAAAAUAUACAGUUCUGAAAUUAAAAACAUAGACAAAGCCCCAAGAAUCGAAACAACUGAAAGUACUUCAACAAUGCACAAAGUGUCAACCAUGAAGCGAAUAUUCGAUUUGGCAAAGCUUCGAACCAAAAGAUCAGCACUUUUCCCAGCUGUUAACAUCUGUCCACAGGAAUCCUUGAGACAGAUUUUAGCAAGUCUUCAAGAGUAUUAUAGACUGAGAGUAUGUCAAGAAGUAGUGUGGGAAGCAUAUCGUGUCUUUCUGGACCGCAUUCCUGACACAGAGGAAUAUCAAGACUGGGUCAGCCUCUGCCAGAAAGAGACAUUCUGCCUCUUUGACAUUGGGAAAAACUUCAGCAACUCCCAGGAGCACCUGGAUCUUCUUCAUCAGAGAAUAAAACAGAGAAGUUUCCCUGGGAGAAAAGAUGAGGUAGCCUCCAUGGAGACACUGGGAAUGUCUACCGAAGCUUCCAUGUUACCCACAGAUGUUCCCAGCAUGUCACUGGAGCGCUUCUCUCUUCCUCCUGAUGACACAGACCUCAAGGAGAUUCUCAAUGUCACCCUCAAAGACAUCCAGAAGCCUGCAACAGAAAGUAAAACAGAACCUACACAUGUGUCUGAAUUCUCAUCAGAGGAGAAGGUGGAGUUCAGCAUCUCUCUGCCAAACCACAGGUUCAAGGCAGAGCUCAACAACUCCGGGUCCCCAUACUACCAAGAACUGGUGGGACAAUCCCAACUGCAGUUGCAAAAGAUAUUUAAGAAACUUCCAGGAUUCGGAGAAAUCCGUGUGUUAGGAUUUAGACCAAAGAAAGAAGAGGAUGGUUCAAGCUCCACAGAAAUACAACUCAUGGCCAUCUUUAAGAGGGACCAUGCAGAAGCGAAAAGCCCUGAUAGUAAUCUCCUGUCUCUGGAUUCCAACAAAAUCGAAAGUGAAAGGAUCUAUCAAGCCGUAGAAGACAAGCAACCAGAAUCCUACCUCACGGCUACAGACCUCAAAAAACUCAUCGCACAACUACUAGAUGGAGACCGUUCCUUGGUAGAGGGGACAGCUCCAUUCAGUGAUGAAGUUACUGGGCCACUCUUCAGACCUGUCACUGAACCAGAGCUGCCCAAGCCCCUUGCUGAUGUCACAGAGGAUGCCACUUUGAGUCCAGAACCUCCUUUCAUCGAACCUACGCUUGAGGCAGUGGACAGAGUAGGACCUGACCUGCCCAGCGUGCCCUCCAAAGACAAUGCUUGGUCUCCACCUGUAUCAGCAUCGACUUCCCAAUCAGAAAAUCUACCUUCCUUUACACCUAGCAUCUUCUCUCUGGAUGAUCAAAGCCCCUCUCCCUUGAUGACCACUGGCCCAACCACACUCAUCUCCAAGCUCACUCUCCCCACUGUUUCUCCCAUCCGCCAAUUGCCUCUGGAAAUGUCACAUUGGCCUGCGUCUUCCAGUGACAGAGAGUUGAUCACAAGCAGCCACGACACAAUCCGAGACCUAGAUGAAAUGGAUGUGUCUGACACAACUGCCUUGUCAGAAAUAUCAGAACUGAGUGGAUAUGAUUCUGCCUCGGGUCAGUUUUUGGAGAUGACCACGCCCAUCCCAACAUUACAGUACAUCACCACCAGCUCUGAGACCAUUGCCACCCAGGGCCACGAGCUCGUGGUAUUCUUCAGCCUGCGCGUUGCUAACAUGCCGUUCUCCUAUGACCUGUUCAACAAGAGUUCUCUGGAGUAUCAAGCCCUGGAACAACGAUUCACAGACCUGCUGGUUCCCUAUCUUCGAUCGAAUCUUACGGGGUUUAAGCAACUGGAAAUACUCAGCUUCAGAAACGGAAGUGUGAUCGUAAACAGCAAAGUGAGGUUUGCAAAGGCGGUACCCUACAACCUCACCCAGGCGGUGCGCGGGGUCCUGGAGGAUCUUCGGUCCACUGUAGCUCAAGAGCUCAAUCUGGAAAUCGAAAGCUAUUCCCUCAACAUUGAACCAGCUGAUCAGGCAGAUCCCUGCAAACUCCUAGACUGUGGCAAAUUUGCCCAGUGUGUAAAGAAUGAGUGGACGGAGGAAGCAGAGUGUCGCUGCAGACAGGGACAUGAGAGCCACAGGACCCUGGGCUACCAGGACCUGGACCUCUGUCCCCCUGGAAAAACUUGUGAGGCCGGCAAAGGACAAGCAGCCCCAUGCAGGCCACCAGAUCACUCCACACACCAAGCUCAGGAACCUAGUGUUAAAAAGCUACAACAUCAGCAAAAUGAGGUAGUCAAGAAAAGAAAUUCUGAACUAUCGGCUAUAGGAUUUGAAGAAUUUGAUGACCAGGAUUGGGAGGGAAAUUAAAAGCUGGAAUCACAUGCAUUAUGUUUCAAACGCUGUUGAAAGGCAACCAACUUUAUUUCUUAAAGAAAAGUAUAUCCAUUCUGUUAACGUCUGAAAAAGGAAGAAAGAUAUUCAGUGGUCAUUGGAAUACAAGCAUGUAAUUAACUCUGAGAAUCAACAUGCUUGAACUAGAGAACAGUCAUGUAUUUGAACACAGUUAAGCCUGGGGGAGGGCACAUUUUUUUUUUUUUUUAGUCAAAACUCAAAGCAAUCAUUGGAACACAUUUGACUAUUCUUGGACAGUACUCAAGUAGAAAAGAAAAGGUUAGCUUUUUUCUGCCUUUAAAUUAUUGCAUAAAGCUUAUUUCAAAUAAGUUUGUGGGUUGUACA